AUGGUCUACACAAUUGUCGUUCACCUCCGCGCCAAACCCGACUCAGAAUCCAUCUCCAAACUCCAUGCCAAACUCCUCGAAGCAUCCGCCAUCUACUCCAAAGACAAAGAAACGCUCUCCUGGUUCGUCAUGCAGUCCGUCCACGAUGAACAGGAUUUCACCAUCGUCGAGCGCUACCUCCACGAGUCGUCGCAGGAGUAUCAUCUGAAUAACCCUUAUUGGAAGACCUUUGAUCCGUAUGUUAUUCCGUUGUUGGAGGGGGAGAUGGAUUUAAGGAGGUUUGAGGAGUUGGACAAUUGA